AUGCGUAACCACUCCGACGACAAGUGCGACGGGGACUGGUCUCGCUAUGUGUCGCCGGGUGCCAAUACUAAGGCCCUCCAGGUCCAGCUCGCCCUCUCCCUGACACUCGGCGUCUCAGCCUUCAUUACUUUUUGCCUUCUCCGCCCACGAUGGCCAGCCCUAUACUCGGCGCGCAAGAGGCGCCUCCAUCCCAACAUGGAUCUCCCUACCCUUCCUAAGACCUUCUUCGGCUGGAUUCCGAAACUGUAUCGCAUCACAGAGGAGCAGAUUCUCACCUCGGCCGGCCUCGACGCCUUUGUCUUUCUCUCUUUUUUCAAAAUGGCCAUUCGAAUCUUUUGCAUCAUGGCCUUCUUUGCCGUUGUCGUGCUUUUGCCCAUCAACCACAAGUAUCUCAAUGAAGGCUUUCUUCCGGGUCAACCUGAUGACCGCGACAACCAAACGUUGUACACCUACCGCCCAAAUUCGUAUGCCUCCGUUCGGCUCCCCUUUGGCGCCUACGGCAAGGGCGACGAUGAAGAUGGUGGCAAGGAUAAGAGUCGAGAGCGCGCCUUUCUUUGGUCUCACGUCGUCUUUGUCUACCUCUUUGUCGCCUUGACCCUCUACGCCAUCAAUCGGGAGACGUUCCGCAUCAUCAAGCUACGCCAAGACUAUCUAGGAUCGCAAUCGACUGUUACCGAUAGAACGUUCCGAAUCUCUGGUGUUCCUGCCGCCCUGCGAUCAGAGGUCAAACUCAAAUCCGUUAUCGAGAAGCUUGGUAUUGGGAGUGUCGAAACCGUGUUUCUCUGCCGCGACUGGAAAAAAUUGGAUGCUCUAGUCGAGGAGCGAACCCGCUUGUUAAAUCGACUUGAGACGGCUUGGGCUCGAUAUCUGGACUCGCAGCACCCCCACGAUAGAGAGUUGCCCGCAUCAGAUGUGCCGCGAGACUCAGAGAACCAUCUGGUUACUGACACAGCACGAGAGCAUGAUGAAGAGUCGGGCGAGAACUGGGGUCUACUCCAAAGCAAUCCCGACCAGCCACAUCUCCGUCACGGCGUCCGCCCCCAGGUUGUCCUUCGUCAUGGCUUUUUGGGAUUCCGUCGGCAAAAUGUGGAUGCCAUUGACUACUACGAAGAAAAGCUGCGGAGAAUCGAUGAAAAGGUGGUUGCUGCGCGCAGGCAGGAAUACACUCCAUGUGACAUGGCUCUCGUCACCAUGGACACAGUUGCCGCUUGCCAGAUGCUCAUCCAGGCCGAGAUCGACCCUCGUCCGGGUCAGUUCAUGACCAAGGCCACUCCCUCACCGUCGGACAUGGUCUGGAAAAACACGUACGCUCCUCGCGGCAUCCGUCGCCUCAAAGCCUGGGCCAUCACCUUGUUCAUCACCAUUCUCACUUUGGUCUGGAUAUUUCCUACUGCUCUCCUAGCCUCCUGGCUCAGCAUUUGCACUAUCCGCAACGUGAUGCCCUCAUUUGCCGAUUGGCUAGAGGACCAUGAAAUUAUCAAGUCGCUCAUUCAAAACGGUGGUCCUACACUCGUCGUCUCCUUGCUCAACAUUGCUGUUCCAUACGUCUACGACCUGCUCUCCAACCACCAGGGCAUGAUUUCCCAAGGUGACGUCGAGCUGUCUGUCGUGUCCAAAAACUUCUUCUUCACCUUUUUCAACACCUUUUUCGUGUUUGCCAUUUCCAAGACGGGUCUCGACUUUUAUUCUUCCUUGCAGGAAUUGUUGAAGGACACGAGCAAGAUUCCAGCCAUCAUAGCCGCUGAUGUGGAGGACCUUGUCAGUUUCUAUACCAGUUUCGUCAUGCUGCAAGGUAUCGGCCUGAUGCCCUUCCGCAUUUUGGAAGUAGGCAGCGUCGUGCUCUACCCCAUCUACCGAUUGUUCGCCAAAACACCGCGUGACUAUGCCCAGCUCCAGAAACCGCCCAACUUUCAGUACGGGUUCUACCUGCCGACGUCACUACUCGUCUUCAACCUCUGCUUCAUCUACAGCGCGCUGAAGGGUGGCCACAUCAUUCUCAUCUUUGGCAUCAUCUACUUUGCGCUGGGCUACUUUACGUUCAAGUACAUGCUGCUAUAUGCCAUGGACCAGCCGCAGCAUGCAACCGGCGGCGCCUGGCGCAUCAUCUGCAGCCGUCUCGUGAUUGGCAUCCUGGUUUUUGAAGUCGUCAUGGUCGGCCGAAUUGCGUCCCUUUCGGCAUUCGUCCAAUCCGUCUCCAUCCUGCCCCUUCUUCCUUUUACUAUCUGGUACAGCUAUUAUUUUACACGACGCUUCGAACCGCUCACCAAGUAUAUUGCGCUGCGCAACAUUCGCGGGGCCGCAAGCGAUGACGAAGCCAUUCUUGAUGAUGGCCAGGACGAGCCCCUGCCCAAUGGAAACUCGACGCGCCGCCUCUUGCGUCGUGGUAGCACCAUGGACGAACUUCGCGAGCAGGGACUGAGCUUUGUCAACCCGAGCCUCGUCAGUCCGCUGCUGGAGGCGUGGAUCUAUAAAGAGCCGCCGCCGGUACCGGGCAGCGACGGCGAGACAUCCUCGCAGGCUGAAGAGUCGUCACGCCCGUCGAGAGGCUCAUCGAGGGAACCGAGGUUCGUUUUGCCAAACGCAGAUAGUUCAUUAGGGAUUGGCGACGACAAUGUGUGGACGGAUUCGAGACAGAGGUAA